AAAAUUUCCCUAUUAUUCAGUCAAGUUGCCCUAAAGUACCACUGCCGUCCCCAGGAUUAGUUAGCCUUUGAGCGGAGCGACAGCUGUCUCAUUUAACUUAUUGGCCAAAUGUUUAUAUCAUUUAUAACCUUCCUACCGACUAAAUCACCGUCCACACAUCUGCCAAAUUAAGAUUUGAUGAAAAUGAAAUCAUUAAUUAAUUAGUUUGGUAAGUAUAUAUAAACAGAAAUGUUACUAACUUGAUCAUCACAUUAUCGUACAGAGAGGAAUGUCAAAAGUGGAAUAAAUAUAAAAAAACAGAUCAACUGUUACAAUGAAGACAACUAUUGCUUUUAUAUUGUUCUACGUUGCUGUCUUGUCUAUUAAUGCUACACCAGCCAUCAAUACCAAUAACGAAGGCCAAGAAAAUGCACCUGUGGUCAAUGAUGCUGUAGAAAACAACCAAGCUAAUAAUGACGAACAAUUACCCAACGACGAGAUCGAAGAAGAAAAUUAUCCUGAAGAGGAGGAUGAAAAGGACGAAGAUGGAGAAUUAGAAGCAAAUGAUCCUUAUCAAGUCCGCUCUUAUCGUAGAUACGGACGAUAUGGUGGAAGUUAUGGUAGGUAUACUGGCGGAUAUACCGGUCGGUACAUUGGAAGUCGAUACACUGGUCGAUAUUCCCGAAUUGGGUCAAGAUACGGUACCUAUGGUCGAUUAAGCCGAUUCAGAUCAUACCGACCAUCGUAUGGUUCGUCUUACCGUCGAUAUACGACUGGAGGAUACAAUCGAUACAGUGAAUAUGGAAGCCGUGGUCGUUACAACCGCUAUGGAAGCUCGUAUAGACGCUACACUCCUCGAUACAGAUCUUAUCGUCGCUAUACCACUGGUCGAUAUGGAACCAAAUAUUAGAG